AAGACAGAUUGUCUGUCUGGUUUUAAUGAACACAACGAAAAUGCUGUCUACACUUCAUACCUUUAUCACAGUCUCUCUGUUGGCAUUGUGUGAUGGUGUCAUGGAGACGGUGGUUGGUGUUAAAGGUAGGACGGUAUCUCUGACCUGCAGGUAUGACGCUGCUACCCUGGGUCUGACAGCGGUGUGCUGGGGGAGAGGAGCACAGCCAUCUCUCUUCGGCUGUGAGAACACCGUCAUCGCCACUAAUGGAGUAGAGGUGACCUACAGGAGGUCCUACAGACACAGGUUACCGGGGAAUCUUCAGAGUGGAGAAGUCACUCUCAUUAUCUACAAUGUCAGAGAGGAAGACUCUGGGUUCUACCACUGCCGCGUGGCACUAACAGGAGCGUUCAACGACUUGAUGAACACCCUUCAUUUAAUCGUUCGACAAGAGAAAUCGACGUUGUUUACUCCUGUCAUCCCAACUGUCAUCCCAACUGUCAUCCCAACUGUCAUCCCAACUGCACCAGCACACCUACUGCCCAUCACAGACACACCUGGUUCCUCUGUUAUACCGGAAAAGAGCAGACAAGGUGAGCAAGGUCCUGAUAUCCUUCAUGACUGCACUACAGGCCCCAUAAUAGGUAUUGUCAAGAGAAUUAAGCAGAAAAUGGCAUCUCCUUCUCUGGAAAGCUACAUAGGAAACACAGUCCGAGUGGGAGCAAUCGUCUUCAUCCCUGGUCUGAUCUUAGCAGUUCUUCUUAGUCUGAGGCGGUCCAGAAAUAGCAGAGCCAGAGGAGAACCUGCCAGUUCCCCCAGUGUCAGCAGCAGGAAACCUAGAGUGGAAAUACCCCUCAGUCACCAUGAUGCAGAUGCCUGGAUCUAUGAUGCUUCUACAGACGUAUAGAGUCAUCAAAAUAUAUGAUCCUGUAUACUAUUUCACUCAAUAAUGUAUUAGAUGUUGAGAGAACUAAACACAAUUUAGCGUAGGUAUACUCAGUUCUUCGGUUUUUCAACAGGUUGUGUGCUACUAAUGCUGCGUUUUUUGUCUUGCUCAUUCAGAUGGUGAGUGGGCAAGACAAAAAACUCAGUAUUAGUAGCACACAACCUGUUGAAAAACUGAAGAACUGAGUACAUAAUCCAUGUCUCAGUUGUCUCAAGGCUUAAACAUUCUUCUUUAACCUGUCUCCUCCCCUUCAUCUACACUGAUUGAAGUGGAUUUAUUUUUAUUUUUUUUAUACUCAGUGUAUGUUAUCUAGCUAUGUUUUCUUGUGAUGAGGUGUAAAUGAAAAGAUGAAUAAAUACCA